CCCAGAGCGUCUGAAGGUGGAGCUUUGCACAGUUCCUCUUGGUUUCAUUGACAGUUACACCAUUAUCUUGAGGCAGAACCCGACACUGAGGCUGUGGUUUGAGCUGUCACUGCUCUGAGGUUCAACAUGAGUGACACUGAACGCCUCGCUCUGUGGACGCUCGCGCUCUUCUCCGCGCACGCCGUGUGUUGUGUCUCCGCACACCUGGAGGUUUUAGCUCGUGACUCAGGAGACGUCGUGGUCCUGUCCUGCCGCGUGGACCACACCUCGACUCCGCCCUUUGGGGUUUACCUGAAGCGCUCGAGGCUGCGGCCCGGGGACGUGCUCUUCAAGUACGAGGACGAAGACGUGAGCGUGAGAGACGGCGAGUACCACAACCGCACCAGCGUCACCGGAGACCCCAAAAUCCACGAGGUCAACGUCACCAUCAGGGACCUGAGGCCCACGGACACCGACCAGUAUCACUGCGAGUUUAACUUCAACAACCCGACGUCUGAAGACACCGUGCAGCGAGGGACAACAGAGUACUUCAUCUAUGUGCGAGGAGUGGUGGACGUGGACAGGGACUGGGUCCACACCUGUGUGGGGGGCUCCACCCAGAUGCCCUGCCUGCCUCCUGUGGGGGACGACUCCGCGGUGGAGGGCGUGGUCCUGAAGAGGCAGAAGGGGCGUGGCCCCGUGGAGCUGCUGUACCACUCCCAGCGCACGUCCCGCUCCUCGCACUUCUCUGAGGACAGGGUCCGGCUGGUCCCCGUCCCGGGACCAGGGGGCAUCAGCUACAGCCUGACUGUGGACGCUCUGCGUCCCGAGGACAGCGGCCUGUACAGCUGCCAACUCCUGCUCCAGGGGCGACCCCCCAGCCCCGCCAUGGGCCCACAGGGGGUGUAUGUGUCUGUGCAAGACGACCAGUGCGGCUGCUCCAGUUACUCCGCCCUCAUUUACGCCUUGUCUGCAGCGGUGGCCGUCACUUUUGUCCUCCUGGUCGUGGCUUUGCUCGUGCACAGGGGGAGCCGCCCACGAGCAAAGGCAACCCCCAACCCGGCGCCCAUCUACGAGGAGAUGACCGGUCUGAAGCCCAAGAGCCCCAAACGCUCCCGGGGCUUCGGGGACGAGCUGCCGUGGGCGUCAGAGUACAGGAACAUCACCACGAAGGACGAGAGGGAGCCUCGCCCCGAAAACCACUACGAGAGUCCCAACGGAGCCAUCGAGUCCAAACCGGAGUGAGCCAGAGUGAGCCAAACAAGAGUGAACCAAUCUGGAGUGAACCAAACUAGAGUGAGUCAGAGUGAGCCAAUUCAGAGUGACCAAAACCAGAGCCAAACCAGAGUGACUGAAGCCAGAGUGGUUUGGAUCACUCUGGUUUGUAUCAGAGUGAUCCAAUCCAGAGUGAGUCAAACCAGAGUGAGUCAAACCAGAGUGAGCCAAACCAGAGUGAGCCAAACCAACUCAAACACCACAGUCCUGGAGUUGUGUUUCGUUUCAUUCACACAUUUAACUCAUCACUUCCUGAAAUUUGCAGCUUUUCUUAGUUGAAAAGUCGAUAAAAACAUGAACAAAAGUCGAUAAAAGCAGCACCAGCCUCGUUGCAUAAUGUGGAUCUGAGUCACUCCACAUGAGUCUGGAUUUACACGUGUAAAUAUUAUUGUACAAACCUCGACAUUCAGCUUUAAAACUAUUAAAAAUACUGGACUUUUUAUGUGUGUUAUGUUUGUUAAAUAUGAAUAUUUUUAAUAAAGUUUGAAUCCUUUUUCU